AUGGCCACUUUCCUUCGACGGCCUGGCAACCUUGCUCGAUACUCGAGGAGAGCAACAGAGUGUGCGACGUAUGCGGCGCGGAGUGCGAGGCCUCGUUCAUUACAGCAAUCUCAGCUUUCCGCGUUCAUAUCCGCGCACCGUCCCCGAACCUAUGCCACCGUGAACCAAGGCGACCCAGAACCCCCGCGGGAUAAGAGAGACGAAAAGAACGGCCCCGGCGAGAAUAAAGAUGCUUCCGACAAGCAAAUACGGGGCUCGGGUGGGUCUGAGCAUAAUGGUAACAGGAACUCUUCCUGGCCAGGGCCGGAACAGGGUCCUGAGGGUGGGAAGGAGCCGAAGCAGCCAGAGUACCAGGCGAACAAGGAAGAGAUCGAACAGAUCGAUAAAAUAGUUCAAUCGCUGAAGAAGACGUUGCCGGCCUCGCAAUCAAAGCUGAUAGAUGAUGCGGGAGAGGAGCUCAAGCGAGCGGGUCUACCGGCGGAGGUUAAAGAGGUCCUGAAGGAAGUCCACCAGUCGAAAGAACUUUCCCUUGCAACCGCGGCGAAGCUUUUCCGAAUCCUCAGCAAACAUUCGUGGCAGGUGGCUUCGAAGAUGACCAAGAAAGAGGGCUUCAAGGAGGGGUACUUCGACGGUAGGGAGGAGAAGGCUAGAAAAGAAAGUGAAGAGUCCCAGAAGCAAGAGGGUGGCGAGCAGAAGGGUCCGCAGGGCCAACAGGGCCAACAAGGCCAUCAAGGUCAACAGUUCAAGCCCUUCGAGUUCAAAUUCGACGCCGGCAACUUUUUAAUCGGCGCCUUUAUCUCAUACUACAUCUACCGCAGCCUUUUCCCCGGAGAAACUUCCAAGGACAUCACAUGGCAAGAGUUUAGAACUACAUUCUUUGACAAGGGGCUUGUAGAUAAACUCACAGUUGUCAACCGCAACAAAGUACGCGUGGAGUUGCACCGUGAAGCCGUCGCGAGCAUGUAUCCUGAGUCCCCCGCCAGCCAACCAAACUUCCACUACUACUUUACGAUAGGAUCCGUUGAAGCCUUUGAAAGGAGAUUGGAUGAUGCACAGAGGGAGCUUGGUAUACCAAGCUCAGAGCGCAUUCCUGUUGCUUAUUCCGAUGAAGUGCCAUGGCUAGCCACUUUGUUGUCCUUCGGUCCAACGUUACUGCUCAUCGGAUCUUUCUUUUGGUUAUCCAGACGUGCCGGUGGCGGAGCAGGCGGUCAAAGUGGUAUCUUCGGUAUUGGGAAAAGCCGAGCCAGACGAUUUAACCAUGAGACCGAUAUCAAGAUCAAAUUCUCCGAUGUUGCUGGCAUGGACGAGGCCAAGGUUGAAAUUAUGGAGUUUGUUAGUUUUCUUAAGAAACCAGAGCAGUUCCAAAGACUAGGCGCGAAGAUUCCUCGUGGUGCCAUCUUGUCAGGUCCUCCAGGUACUGGUAAGACGCUGCUGGCAAAGGCUACGGCCGGUGAAUCUGGCGUUCCUUUCUACAGCGUCAGUGGUUCAGAAUUCGUGGAAAUGUUUGUCGGUGUUGGUCCGUCUCGCGUUCGUGAUCUUUUUGCAACUGCGCGGAAGAAUACCCCUUGCAUCAUCUUCAUUGACGAAAUUGACGCUAUCGGUAAAUCGAGAGCAAAGCAAAACUUUGGUGGUGGUAACGACGAACGCGAAAGUACCCUCAAUCAAAUUCUAACGGAGAUGGAUGGGUUCAAUACCUCUGAGCAAGUUGUCGUUCUCGCUGGUACUAAUAGACCCGAUGUGCUUGACAAGGCCUUGAUGCGACCUGGUCGGUUCGAUAGACAUAUUGCAAUUGAUAGACCAACGAUGGACGGUCGCAAGCAAAUUUUCGGCGUUCAUUUGAAGAAAAUUGUCACCCACGAAGACAUGGAGUACUUGAAGGGCAGAUUAGCAGCAUUGACACCUGGCUUCUCUGGGGCCGACAUUGCAAACUGUGUGAAUGAGGCUGCCUUGGUUGCUGCUCGUGGCCACGCGUCUAGCGUAACGAUGAAACAUUUUGAGCAAGCAAUUGAAAGAGUCGUCGGCGGCCUUGAGAAGAAAUCUCUUGUCUUGUCGCCCGAAGAGAAACGCACUGUUGCUUACCAUGAAGCUGGUCAUGCCAUUUGUGGUUGGUACUUCCAAUAUGCUGAUCCAUUGCUCAAAGUAUCCAUCAUCCCACGUGGUCAGGGUGCUCUAGGCUACGCUCAAUAUCUACCCGCGCAAGGCGACACCUAUUUGAUGAACGUUCGCCAACUUAUGGAUCGCAUGGCUAUGACACUAGGCGGCCGUGUUAGCGAAGAGCUUCAUUUCGACACCGUCACAAGUGGUGCUAGUGAUGAUUUCAACAAAGUCACACGCCUCGCAACCGCCAUGGUAACGAAAUUCGGUAUGUCGUCGAAGAUCGGAUAUCUGUACUUCGAAGAGGACCAGCAACAACUACACAAGCCAUUUUCCGAAGAAACUGCCAAGAACAUCGAUCUCGAAGUGCGACGCCUCGUUGACGAAGCCUACAAGCAAUGCCGUGAGCUGUUGGAAGCAAAGAAACCAGAGAUUCGCCUCGUUGCUGAGGAGCUUUUGUCCAAGGAGGUUCUCAGCCGUGAUGACCUAGUCCGUCUCCUUGGCAAAAGGCCUUGGCCCGAAUCCGGAGAAUUUGCAAAAUACUUUGACGGAACUGGCGGCGCUGGAACGCUUGCUCCGCCUCCACCACCCACCGAGGGCGGCCCAAGUAUGAGCGACAACAGCCAAGAAAGCGACCGCCCUUCCCCUUAG